AUGGCUACGUUCCUCAGGGACAGGAAGGUCUUAGCGGCGGACAUCGUCAUAGUGCAGGAGCCGUGGAGAAACGAACAGCAACAUACAACCCACCAACCAGCGACUGCCGCAUUCCAGCUAGUAUACCCAGCAAAGGAAACCCCGCGUGAGAUGGACCAAAAUGGAGACCAGGAACAGGAUCCAGAUCGUCACCAACCGGGGCUCAUCUCGCAGGAUUACCAGUUGUUGAAGCUCAGAAGGGCCCAGCCAGGCAAGCACUGGACGGACUUAUUUGUGCACAAUGUGUACAAUAGGCCAAGCAGCAACACUUUAGCCCAGCUAAGAGGUGAACUAGCGAGACGCCCUCUUGCAGAACACAUUGGAGGAAUAAGGAUUAUAGCUAACAAUAAAGCUGAGCAACUGCUAGAAAUCACGGAUGAGCGAGGUCUCGAACUGAUUACCGAGACAGGAAGGGCGACCUGGUCUCAAAACGACCAGUCGUCCGUGAUUAACCUGACCUUCAUCAGUUUAAGUCUCUUCAAUCAGCUCGUCAACUACGAGCGGGCAGAUGACAUUGAGCAUUCAUCCGACCAUUUCCCGAUCAGAACAGUACUUAACAUUGAAACCCCGUGUCAGAAACUGCUAGACACCGUCCAAUCAGCAAUUGAGGCUUCAACUCUGUGGGCAAAACCGUCAAUAUGGUCGAAUCCUGACUUCGAUAACGAGUGCAAGGCGGCCGUUAAGGAAGUUCGUCGUCUACGACGCAGGCAUACGAGAACAAAGGAUCCGUACGAUUGGAUGCGUUACUCUGAGGCACGCAACAAGAAAACACGUCUAGUCAAAAGGGCACUAUCGAGAGCGCACCGCCGUCGAGUCCAGCAGGUCAUCGAAGAUGGCCCCCAGGGCAUAUGGCGCCUCGCUAAGUGGGCGAGGAAUCGCAACGGAGCCUACGAAAAAGGCCUCACCCCUUCUUUAAAGAUUCAAGGUCUUCAAUCACCAGGACAGCUGGCGGAGACGGUCGAGCAGAAAGCAAACGCCUUCCGGGCAGCUUUUUUCCCACAGCCACCGCCAGCAGAUCUCUCAGACACUGUGUCAUUUCAAUACCCGCAGCCCAUCGAGUUUCCACCAAUUACUGCACAAGAGAUACAAGAAGCAGUAAGAACGGCAAAGGCAGGGAAAGCUCCAGGAGAAGACGGCAUUCCAAACUCCCUCUGGCACAAGCUGAUCGAAGUACCGGUCAUCCUGCAAGUACUCGGACAAUUAUUUGAUGCGUGUGUACGCACUGGCUACAACCCAACAAACUUCCAACGCUCAAUCACGGUUGUCCUUAGAAAGCGAGCCAAAAGCUAUUAUCAACUCGCAAAGUCCUACCGGCCUGUAGCUUGGCUUAAUACCCUUGGCAAGUUCCUAGAGGCAGUGGUCGCACGGCGGAUCAGCUACGCGGUGGAAACCAUGGGAUUGCUCCCAAAGACCCAUCUCGGCGGUCGACGGGGGAUCUCCACGGACCACGCGAUUCACAACAUGAUUGACAGAAUCAAAAUGGCCUGGGGAAAGGGCAAACCGGUGGUGUCACUGCUGAUGCAGGAUGUAUCAGGAGCAUACGAUAAUGUUUCCCACGAUCGCUUACUCCAUAACCUCAGAAAACGACGCCUGGGACAACUCGCCCCCUGGGUGAAGACCUUCCUCUCUAAUCAGAGCACGAGAAUUCGUAUGCCCGAGGGCAUGUCCGAUCAAAUUUCGACGCCGACAGGCAUCCCCCAGGGGUCACCGAUCUCGCCGAUCCUAUAUCUCAUUUACAAUGCAGACCUCAUUGAGAACUGCGGGAACGGCGUAACCAGCAACGGCUGGGUGGACGAUGUCUGUUUCAUGGCCAAGGGAGAUAGCGAACGCGAGACCACGAAGAAACUCAGAAUGGCACGUCGAAAAGCCGAUCAAUGGGCCAGAACACAUGCCUCAGUCUUUGACCCAAAAAAGUACGCACUCGUGCACUUCGUGAACACCCGAGAAAUUGACCCUCAAUACACACCGCUAUCUAUACAGGGGUAUACCCCUAAUGACGAGAGGUACUGGGCAGGAUGGACACCAAUGGAAGCGCAAGCGUGGAAGACGGGCGGAUGUCUUACGGCUCCCCCGGGAACUUUGACGAGGCACUGGGAGAGUCGGAAAGCAUUCGUCCAGGCACCAUGGCAAGCACCACCAGAGGUGAUCAUCGAAGACAGAGAGGUCGCCGUGAAACGUCAUGAUCAGAUCCUAGCGAUAGGCUGGAGGGAAAGACCCGUGAUUCUGUACACCGACGGGAGCGGUAUUGAGGGAAGGAUCGGAGCGGCGGCGAUCGUGGAUCUCGAGGACCAACAUGCUCAUAGCCAGAUGGGCGACGAGAAUACGUCUACUGUGUACGCAGCAGAGCUUCGUGCAAUCGAGAUGGCGCUCGCAUUGGUUCUGGAAAGCACAGAGCCGUGGGCUGAACAAGCAAAGAACAGGCUAAUCAUCUUUGCAGACAGCCAAGCGGCACUGAAGGCACUCGGCCGACCGCGUAUGCCGUCGGGGCAGGUCUAUUUGGCAGGAUGCCUUGAACUUAUUCGCCAGCUCGCUGAUAAAGGCAUUCGUACCGAGCUCAGGUGGAUUCCUGCUCACCAAGGAGUGAUCGGUAAUGAGAUCGUUGAUCAACAAGCCAAAGAAGCCGCCCAGAAACCCGAUGGACCACUGAAACCCGACAAUCGAUAUAUCUAUCUCGCGGCCGCAGCCAAGCGCCGGAUCCGCAAUGAAGCGAAGCUUGAGUGGGAGAGAACGUGGGCGAAGGAGACAACCAGCCGGCCGACGAGACGCUUGAUCGAAACACCGACAAAAAAGACGUUGGAAUACUGGCCAGGCCUACGCAAAGCAACGGUGUCGAUUUUGAUGCAGCUACGCACGGGACGAAUUAGCCUGAGUGCUUAUCUGAGCCGCAUCAACCGACGUGAGUCGGCGCGGUGUGGUUGCAACCUCGGCAACCAAACAGUGGCUCACGUCUUGCUCGAGUGCCCGUUGCACCAGGAUGAGCGCGACAGGAUGAGAAGCGCUCUCUCCGAUCAGGGAAUCGCUCUCUGUCGAGACGAACUCCUGACAAGGCUGGAGGCUCGCAAUAUUGCGACCGAAUUCAUGGUCAGCACUGGCCUUCUAGGCCAAUUCCAAACAGUCGAUCCAACGGCUCUAGGCGUGGAGGAAGGGGAUGACAAAGGAGCGGAGAUAAUGAUCCCCUAG